AUUAUUUAUGAAAAUAAUUUUGUAUGUCUCAGUCGGUGGGCAAUGUAGGUGGUGCCUGCCACACAAGUUGGAUAAUAUAGACCAAAAUUGUGGUCCAUCAUCUCGUAAGAAUUCAGCCAUUCAUUGACAGCUUAACUUAAAAAGUAACACAACCUGUCUUUCCUAUUAUUUUAGCUAGUUAAUAAUGACACAUUUUUUUCUUCCAUAGAUUUAGUCAGAAACAUUGCUUUUUUAACAUUAUAGUUUUUAUCUAAAUAAGAAAACAUUGAUAAAUAUUGCUAUACAUUUUUAUUUAUGAUUAUUAAAUAUAUACUAUAAUGGGAAAAAAACAAGAAAAUUCCAAAAAGGGUAAAAUAUUACAACAAUACUGUGGGCCGGCCCAAUCAACAUUUGUACAGCCCACAUUGAAUAUAUUACAAAAAUACCACUUGACCUUACCUUCAGCCGCACGUCACAAACGGAGAGGAUGAAGCAACUUCCAUCGAUGCAGUCGGCUACGCAACCAGAAUGAAACCAGAUCGAGCGUAGAACAAGCAUAAAUUCCGUCGAAUUUCGCUAGGAAACGAACAAAUCCAAGGAUCUAAACAACAAAUUUUUUAAAAAAAGACUAGGAAAACCGUGGAGAAACUGAAAUUAAACAUUUGAUUUCGGUUUUUUAUAGUGCAAUAUCACUCAAACGAGCGUCGAAAAUUCAGAUUGAAGCAAUGUAAAUCUGUAUUGAACAGAUCUGGAGCUCCCCCUCAAAUCCAAAAAAAAGAAAUCAUGAAGAAGUGUCAAUUGACGAGUACCAAGAGCUAGCAUAUAUACAAGGAAUUUAUUUUGGAAAAGAUAGAGGACAGAACAGUUUGAGAAAUGGAAUCAGGACAGGAAAUACAAUGCUUGAACAAAGGGACAGAGAUAGAAGAAAGGAAAGACAUUCCAUUCCUAGUCUUCUACAAUGGACAAUUCGAUGAUCGAAUGAAUUAUGAAAAUUAUGAAGCCAGUGGACAUUACAUUUCAGCCAAUUGUAACUAUGAAGAUUUGCAACAGAAACUCAAAGAUGUCCUGGAGUGCAACCAAGAUAACACUGUUUUGCAACUGAAAUAUCAAGUGAAGGAAGGAUACCAACCAUUGAGGAUAAAGGAUGAUCAAAGCCUGCAUUUCUACAUACAACUCAAACUGAAGGACCCCGACUUCACAACAUACCCAAUGUGUGUGAAUGUCAUCAACAACCCAACAACAACCAUCGAUGCAUCAUUCUUGGGAAAUGACAAUUCAUUAAUUACACAUACAAGCGCGUUCCAACCAAUCGAAUACAAUGCAGCAACAACAGAAGACUCAACAAAUCAACAACAUAUAAUUGAAGCUACAGUACCGGAAUUUGGGGGAGAAAGUUUUGACUUCAUGGACUAUGCAAAACUUGUGGCAGAGGAGAUGGUUGAGCAAUUGGAAAACAACAGAAAAAAGGAACCAUAAAUCACAGAUUAUGACGAACUACUAAUCACAGAUCCGCAACAUCCUGAAAUAGAAGAAGCACAAAUAUACAAAGACAAAGAAACACUGCAGAGUGUGCUUGGUUUCUAUGCAAUUAGGAAUAACUUCCAAUUCAGAGUUAAAAAAUCAUGUGCAAGAACAUACAAGAUUUGUUGUUUGGAUCCAAAAUGCAAGUGGGCACUAACAACAUCCAGAAACGGGCCAACAAAGUCAUUCAUCAUUCGAAAGUACGACAGAAAGGUGAUACACACAUGUGAUCUAAACAUCAGAUUUGCCGACAAGAGACAAGCUACAACGAAAUUGAUUGGAAACUACAUCAAGCCACGGUUUACCAACAUAAAAACAACUCAAACGCCACAAGACAUCAGAGGAGAAAUGAAACACAAGUAUGGGGUGAGAAUGAACUACAUGAAAGCAUGGAGAAGCAAAGAGCACGCGCAAGAAGAAUUACGAGGAAAAGCCAACG